AUGAAUUAUUCAAUAACCAAUUUAGGAAAGAGAUAUAUUGUACAAAAUAUCAACGAUAAUUUAAAAAAAGUUUCAAAUUUAAUCAAUAGAAACAACAACAAUGUAAACUAUUCUUUGGCCUAUUAUUCACAUUCAUCUGGAAGAACUGAUAAUAGAGUUUUACAACCAGCAAAUAAUCAACAACCAGCAAAUCAAAAAGCGACUCAAGUAUCAAAUGAACAGGUAAAGGAAAGAAAGUUUGGAGUACAUCCAGGUCUUGCUCAAAUGAACUCAGACAAGUUGGACAUUCCAAUCCUUCAAUAUAUCAAACAGCAUCCCGAAAUGAGAUUCGAUUCAAUGAAUGAAUCUUACACCUCGAUGGAAUUUGUUCCUCCUAGCUGUAUGAAUAAUUAUCAACCAAAGGACGCUAUCAAAGAUAUCUCUUUAAUCGAUUAA